AUGUCAAAUAAUCUUAAUUCUGAAUUAAAUCAACUACAAUUACAAUUAGUAGCUAUUCAAGAACAACAACGUUUACAAAAAUUUAUGAUUAAACAAUUUCAACAACAAUUACAAUCUUAUCAACAAAAACAAGAUGUAAUACCAUCGGAUGAAGAAGAUUAUAAUUCACCACUUGAUUUAUCAUCAACAUCAGCUAAAUCUGAUGAAGAACAAUCAACAUCAUUAAUAGAAUUUCAAAUGGAAUCACAUGAAGGUGAACCAGAAAAUCCACAUAUGUCUAAACUUAAAGAUAUGAUCGAAAAACUUGAACGUACAACAAAUAAAAAUGAUUCAAGUGAAUGUGUAGUUUGUAAACGUAUAUUAUCAUGUCAAAGUGCACUUAAAAUGCAUUAUCGUACACAUACAGGGGAACGUCCAUUUCGAUGUCGAAUAUGCUCACGAGCAUUUUCAACAAAAGGAAAUCUUAAAACACAUAUGAAUAUUCAUCGUUUAAAUGAUAAUGAUAAUAAUAAUAAUAAUUCAUUAGCAGAAGAUAAUUUAACAAUGAUUGAUUCUGAUGAUGAAUCACAGAAUAAUGAAAAUGACGAUCAACAAAUUGUUAAUAUACCAUCAUUUUCAUUAUUUAAUCCACAAUUUUUUCCAUUUUUAGCUGCAGCAGCAGCAUUUAAUCAAAAGAAAAAUUUGGAUUCAUUAAUAUAUGAUGAAAAAAAAGAUAAUGAAUUAAUUCAUGAUGAUAUUAAUCAAUCACGACGUUCAUUAUCAACUUCACAACAUAUUUGUAAUGUUUGUUCAAAAUGUUUUUCAUCAGCUUCAGCGUUACAAAUUCAUAAUCGAACACAUACUGGUGAAAAACCAUAUAAAUGUGAAAUGUGUGGUCGAGCAUUUACAACAAAAGGAAAUUUAAAAGUUCAUGCUAGUACACAUAUCUAUCGUACAAAUUCAACAAUGAUUAAUAAUGAAGGAAAAAUACGUCAACAACAACGACGUUAUGAUUAUCAUCCAUAUUCUACAAUUAAAAGUCAAUCUUGA